AUGAGAAAUGUUGGUGGCAUGUAUUACGGCUUCAUCAACAGCUGCCUGCAGUCUCUGGUGACAGAGAAGUUUGGCCAGGAGACCUGGGACAAACUGAGCUCUAUAUUAGGGAUCCAGGAUCCCUUCAUGACUUAUACGGUGUACAGCGAUGUCUUGACCUUGAGUCUGGUGCAAGAGGCCUGUUCACUACUGGAUGUCUCUGCAGAUGUAUUUCUGAAGCUUUUCGGCGAACAUUUCUUCAGUUUCUGUAAGCACUCGGGCUACGACACCAUGCUUAGGACGCUGGGAGGAAACCUCAUUGAAUUCAUUGGAAAUCUGGAUGCUCUCCACAGUUACCUGGCUCUGUCCUAUGAGGAGAUGAAUGCACCGUCUUUCCGAGUGGAGAUAACAGGCGAUGGGAAGAUGCUACUUCACUACUAUUCUGACCGAAAGGGCCUGUACCAUAUCGUACCUGGUAUCAUUGAGGCGGUUGCCAGAGAGUUUUUUGACAGCAAAGUGACCAUGGUGGUUCUCAACCAAUCAGAGGAAAACGAGCGCACUGGGAAGAAGGAGCAUGUUGUGUUUUUGGUCAAACAGACCAAAGAAGCUUGCAAGAAAAGAGACGAUUCCAGUCAUAAGGGGGUGGGUUUAUGCACAUGGUAUGUUACUAUACGUGUAUAAUAUGAGGCUUUUUUCCGAACAAUGAGGGAGCGUUGUAUAUCGCUGGCUGGGAAGAAAAGCGCCUGGGACCUGAUCAGAGCUGUGGUUCUACCAGAUAAAGGCAACCUCCAUUGCACCUUCAGUCCAUGCUACCCAAAAAAACUGUGGGUGGAAGAGAAAGUUUUCUGCAAUGCUUUUCCCUUCCAUAUUGUCUUUGAUGAAGAUUUGAAGGUCCGGCAGACAGGGGUGAACAUCCAAAAGUUUCUUCCAGACCUCCAGGCCAGAGAUGCUACGCUGGACCAAUGCUUCACCAUAAUACACCCGCAGGUGACUUUCACCAUUGAAAGCAUCAGGAAGUUCAUCAACAGUCAGUUUGUCUUGAAGAGCUACAAAGACAAACACACCACGCUCAAACUCAGAGGUCAGAUGUUGUGGAUGGAGUCUCUCCGCUGCAUGUUGUACCUGUGCUCUCCGAAGCUCCGAAGGCUCCAAGAACUUCAAGAUGUCGGCCUCCACUUGGCCGAUCUGGCCCAGCACGAUGUCACAAGAGACCUGGUUCUCCUCAACCAUCAACGUCUAGCAGAGAUUGAGCUCACAAACCAGCUGGAGAGGAAAAAAGAGGAACUGAGAAUCCUGUCACGGCACCUAGAGGCUGAAAAAGAGAAGACAGAGACUCUGCUGUACGCCAUGCUGCCACGCCACAUCGCCAAUCAGCUCAAAGAUGGAAAAAGCGUAGAGGCGGGGGAGUUCGAGGUGUGCACCAUUUUGUUCAGCGACGUGGUGACCUUCACAAACAUCUGUGCCGCCUGCGAGCCCAUCCACAUCGUCCACAUGCUCAACUCCAUGUACUCCAAGUUUGACCGACUCACCAACAUACACGACAUCUACAAGGUGGAGACUAUCGGUGACGCGUACAUGGUGGUGGGUGGCGUUCCAGUCCCGACAGAGACCCACGCUCACAGAGUUGCAAACUUUGCUUUGGGUAUGAAGAUAGCUGCCAGAGAGGUCACCAACCCUGUGACGGGCAAACCUAUACAGAUCCGAGUGGGUCUGCACACCGGUCCGGUGCUGGCUGGGGUGGUGGGGGAGAAGAUGCCUCGUUACUGCUUGUUUGGAGACACUGUUAACACGGCGUCCAGGAUGGAGAGUCAUGGAGUCCCUGACCACAUUCACCUCAGCACUUCCACAUUUAGUGAGCUGAAGGAUGCUGGGUUCAUCAUACGAGAGCGAGGGCAGAUUGAGGUGAAGGGCAAAGGCCAGAUGACCACUUACUUCCUGCUGGGGAACCCAUUGGUGUCAGAAGAUUGCAUCAUGGGAAGAGAGGAAGGAUGGGCCUGUCUUUAUAAGGAGCACCUUUAUGGCCAAAGCAAAAAAGAGUCCAACACAGAGCCUGAUGUGAGGACUGAGACUGAGCCAGGAGACACAUUCUCAGAUGGAGACAUUGCGUCGGACCCCAGCCGAUUAGACUCCGUCGCUCCUUUUGCCUGGGACAUCACCGCGCCGUAUGACACCGGCGACAACAGCGACAACACGUCAGCAAGCAAUUUCAACAGUAGACUCUGUGUUUUAUUGUGA